AUGACCAACGCCGAAGUGGUUGCCGAGUUGGAAAGAGAGCGUGACCGUCGUGUUCUCUCCAUUCAAAGCCACGUUGUCCAUGGUUACGCCGGAAACAAGUGCUCGGUUUUCCCGCUUCAGUUACACGGUUUCGAAGUCGACGCGAUCAACAGUGUCCAAUUCUCUAACCACGCGGGAUACGAAACAGUGAAGGGACAGAAGCUGACGGAGAAGGAAUUGGAGGAUUUGUAUGAAGGAUUGACAGCAAAUAAGAUAAACAAUUAUACACAUGUUCUCACUGGAUACUGUGGAAAUGUGACAUUCCUUCAAAAAAUCGCCGAUGUCGUGAAGGAUUUGAAGCAAAAAGAUCCGGAGACGAAGUUCGUCUGCGAUCCGGUGAUGGGCGAUAAUGGAAGAUAUUACACACCGAAAGAGUUGAUGCCCGUCUACCGUGAUCUCAUAAUUCCACUCGCCGACGUUUUGACUCCAAACGCUUUCGAAUUGGGCGAAUUGACUGGAUCUCCGAUUGAAACUGAAGAGGAUUGUCUGAAAGCAGUUGGAGAAUUACACGCGAAAGGAGUCAAGACAAUUGUGGUGACGAGUGGAGUGACUGGUGCACAGACUCAGGAGAGUUUGAGAUGUUAUGCCAGUGUUCAGGGAUCCGAUUGCUAUCGAUUCACGUUCCCAAGAUUGAUGGGACAAUUCGUGGGAACUGGAGACGUAUUCGCCUCUCUUCUCGUCGUCUGGCUCGACGAACUGAACGGAGACAUCUCGGAAGCGGUGAAAAAAGUGCUCUCCUCCCUGCAAUGUCUCAUUCGAAAAACCAGCGACUACGCCCAAUUACAAGUGGACACGAACUCUCGUGCAAUGUGUGAACUCCGUCUGAUUCAAUCGAGAAAAGAGUUGCUUUGGCCGCCGAGUUGUGACAAAAUCCACGUGGAGAAAGUGGGAAAAUAG